CACGUCUCCCAGCGCUGGAAGUUGCAUUUGAAGGGCAUUCAACAACUUGCCGAGAUGCAAGGGUACCGCACCAUAAAAACCACCACAGGGCACUGGUAACUAGCAUCCCGAGAGAGAUGUUAGCUCGGAAAACCAGUAGUGUCCUGUAGCUACGACGUCGAGCUCUUAGCUCUGCUAGCUUAACAGUCGUCAAGGUGGAGCGUGCUGGAAGAAGAAAGGACAGUUUGUGCCUGUGAGACUCUGACCGUUGGGGUCUCUAACGGGGAGCAAACAUGAAGUUCGCUCAGUUUCUGCUGAAAAAUGGCUCCGCUGCUGGGAUACCGAAGCAAGUGGAGAGGUUUUCCAAGUUCUCCCCCUCUCCCUUGUCUAUGAAGCAAUUCAUUGAUUUUGGCUCGGCCAAUGCAUGUGAGAAGACCUCUUUUGUGUUCCUGAGGCAGGAGCUCCCUGUCAGGCUCGCCAACAUCAUGAAGGAAAUUGAUUAUCUCCCUGACAAGCUCCUCGGCACUCCAUCACUGAAGCUCCUCACCAGCUGGUAUUCGCAGAGUUUGUUGGAGAUUGUAGAUUUUUUAGAAAAGGAUCCAGAUGAUAGGGAAGUCCUAACAAAUUUCACACAGACUCUUGUGAACGUUCGAAACCGGCACAACGAUGUGGUGCCCACCAUGGCUCAGGGUGUGGUGGAGUACAAGGAGGCCUUUGGUGUGGACCCGGUCACCAACCAGAACGUCCAGUACUUCCUGGAUCGCUUCUACAUGAGCCGCAUCUCCACACGCAUGCUCAUGAACCAGCACACGUUAAUCUUUGAAGGCAGUGUGAACCCAGCCCAUCCCAAACACAUCGGCAGCAUUGACCCCAGCUGUGACGUUGUGGAGGUCAUAAAAGAUGCCUAUGAGAGAUCAAAGAUGUUGUGUGAGCAGUAUUACUUGACCUCUCCUGAUAUGGAGAUUAAAGAAGUUAAUGCUAAAAACCCUGGACAUCCUCUUCACAUCGUCUAUGUGCCAUCCCAUCUCUACCACAUGCUGUUUGAGCUUUUUAAGAAUGCCAUGAGAGCAACAGUAGAGACCCAUGAAACCAGCCUCACACUGCCUCCGAUCAAAGUGCAAGUUUCUCUGGGUAGUGAAGACCUCACUAUCAAGAUGUCUGACAAAGGAGGCGGAGUUCCAAUGAGGAAGAUUGAGCGUCUGUUCAGCUACAUGUACUCCACAGCUCCCAGUCCAGUCCAUGCAGAUAACUCUCGUAAUGCACCACUGGCUGGUUUUGGCUACGGCCUCCCGAUAUCCCGGUUGUACGCCAAGUAUUUCCAGGGGGACCUGCAGCUGUAUUCUAUGGAGGGCUACGGCACCUCGGCUGUCAUAUACUUAAAGGCCUUGUCGUCAGAGUCCGUGGAGAGACUUCCAGUUUUCAACAAGUCUGCUUUACGGCAUUACCAGACCAGCACAGAGGCCGACGACUGGUGCAUGCCCAGCAAGGAUCCAAAGAAGCUGGGCAAGUAUGAGAGGUGAUGGUGGACUCCAAGCGAAAGAGAAAUUCAUAAAAGAAUAAAAGGAUGAAGAAGAGGACGGUCCCUGCUGGAGGCAGAGUGAACUUGUUAUGAGCAGAAGAAGGUGUUUGCUGGACCCAGACUGGUUUUUAACAGAUUCCUGCAUCAGAAUGAACAUUACUGCCAGACUUCAGGCCAUUUUAACUCAGCAGAUUCUCACCACUUCACUGUAUGAUGAUUUCAAGGUGCUAAUGCUUAAAUUAAUAUUUAUCUCUUAACGUCUCACACAUUACACUCAGUUUUUUUUUCAGGAUUUCACUGUGAAAGAAGUACCAUGCUGUGCUUUAGCUGCUUUUCUGUGCAUUUUUUCCAGUCAUUUAACUUUACAAUCUUAAAGCUGACAAUUGUCAUUGGUUAUUAAUAAUACUGCUUUCUUUUCUAUCUUUUGCAUCCAAAGUCAGAUAAAGAGGGUUAAUUUGUUCACAUCCGUGUUUCAGUGUUUUAUAACUUGCAGGAUUGCUUCAUACAGAACUAAUACUUUCCAGAGCUGUUCUCAGAAGCUCUAUGGGAAAUGCUUGCUCUGGUUUGCAUUGCUUAGUGUACAAAUAUUUUUAUUUGAUGAUAUCAGUGAAAGAUCAAGUCUAUUUUUAGUUUUUAAGCUUCUUUUGUAUAAAAUAAACAAAUUGUCAUCCUCUGAAAGAGGAUUCUGCAUGUCAGUAAAUCUACCUACUGUGUGCCUUAACCUUCAUUACAGAUAAGCUAAAAUCAUUUUGUAAGUUGGAUUAUUUUAAAAUGUGCUCAGAUGUGUUGGCAUGCUAUGGAGUUCUUAUGAAGCCGUGCCUUUAUGGAGAAAGUUCAUUGCUAAAACAUAGUAUUGCUACAUAUUUAAUGAUUAUAUUGUAAUAAAAUCCAAGCUAACCUCGACCUUCACAGCAAUAUUCCUCUGUUGAACAUGAUGUUAAAGGUUAAUACAGCCUUUAAAAGUGACAUCCUCUGUUUUUAAAUAUCUAUGCAUGUGUUGUAUGUUUAAAGGUGUGAAAUGUUGAAUAUCUCUCUGCAGUUCUAUUAUCCACAUAGAUCACCACAGAUAGGCCAGAGAAAGCCAUAUACACGCUUUAUGAUCAAACUAAUAUUGACUUUCCUGUAUAUAACUAAUUUAUGCGUAAAUGUCAUUGAGUUUUACUUUGAGAACUUUUUCAGUCAAAAGUAACUCCAUUCAGAUUUGUGAAGUGUCUCACAUUUUUGAUGUAUAAACCUCAUUCACAGACAGAUCAGUGCUGUACUGACGCUGUGGUUCACCACUGAAAAGACCAGCGAAUGUAGAAAAUAAACAUUUCAUGACACUUUA